AUGGCAGAGCUUGGAGAGAAUUUUAACACAGUCCUAGAGCACAUCGAAAAAGUAAGAAGAAAAGAGCUGCUGUACAUGGUAUUCAGCUUCCAGGGAACAAACACCACGCAAUAUGAAAUAAAAGAAUUAAAAGAUAACCCAAGCGCCUUAGAUAAGUUCAUAGUAAAGCAGGAAAGCGAGCUGGAGGGGCAGUUUGAGCAGUUCAAGAAGCAGGUGAAGGAGUACGGCUGCUGCUACGCUCUCUUUGACUUUGAGGCCAACCACAGCGACGGCACGCCGCGCUCUGCGCUGUUCCUAUUCACGCUAAUUCCCGAUGGAUUCACCGUAAAAGAGAAGUUUUUAUACUCGUUCCAUCUUCAGCAGUUUAUAGGCAGCCUCAAGACAGCAGUAAAGCUUGUACAAAUUAAUCAGUAUGAAGAUCUAAAUUAUGAAACCAUGAAGAAAAUAUGCCUGGCCCUGAAAAAAGGAUAA